AGACACAUUAGUCCCAAACCAGCCCAGUAGAGUAUUUCAGAUUACUGAGAGCCAUGAAGCCUUUCUUGCUGGUGUUUUUGGGUUUGCGGCUGUCUCUUCAGCAGGGAUAUAACAGGAGAGACGAUGGGUCAAACUGCAGGCCAUUCACAGCCAGCUUUUGUCAAGGUGUGGGUUACACCACCACCCUCCAUCCCAGCGGAGUUCAAGGCUACAACCUGCAGCAAAUUGGUCAGAUUGUGGAGACGGCCUGCUCACCGGCCAUCGCCACCGUCAUGUGUCGUGUUGUGGUGCCUGAAUGCAACUCAGAGAAUGACAACCGGCUGAAACCAUGCAGAGCUCUCUGUGAAAAGGUCAAGACGGACUGUGAAUCUGCCCUCAGAGCAAAGAGGUUGUACUGGCCAACGAAGCUCCGAUGUGACACUUUACCAGAAUCCAACUGUAUGCAGAAUCAGAACAAGCCUGUUACUGAAGCGCCCCCUGCAACAUGUCAGCCAAUCACAGUUCCUCUCUGCAGAGACCUGAUUUACACAGAAACCCUCCUGCCCAAUAUUCUAGGUCACACUACGCAGGAAGAUGCAGGUCUGGCAAUAAACCAGUUUCAACCACUGGUUCAGGUGGGGUGCUCUCCUCAACUGAAGCCUUUCUUGUGCUCCGUCUACACUCCCAAGUGUGUGUUAGGAAAAGCUCAGCGUCCCUGCAGAACGCUUUGUGAGCAAGCACGAUCCGGCUGUGAGUCGCUGUUGAACAAAUAUGGUUUCCAGUGGCCGGACCAUCUCAAGUGUGACACAUUUACUACAGAGUUCUGUGAAAAUACUGCAUUCAACAGCUUUACAGAAGCACCUUCAACAUGCCAGCCCAUCACCAUUCCUCUCUGCAAAGACCUGCCUUACACAGAGACUGUGCUGCCAGGCGUUCUCGGCCACAAAACCCAGGACGAUGCAGGCCUGGAAGUGCAUCAGUUUUUUCCACUGAUAAAAGUGCAGUGCUCCCCUCAUUUGAAGCCUUUCCUGUGCUCCGCCUACGUUCCCAAGUGUGAGGCAGGAAAACCUCAACCUCCCUGCAGAACGCUCUGUGAACAAGCACGAUCCGGCUGUGAGUCACUGAUGAACAGAUUUGGCUUUCAAUGGCCAGAAUCCCUCAAAUGCGAAAGAUUUACCACAGAGUCCUGUGAACAAUAUGGAGUGAGCAGCAGUGGAGGACUCUGCGAGCCGAUCACCAUCCCGAUGUGCCAGGGCCUCUCCUACAACCAGACCAUCGUUCCAAAUCUCCUGGGACACACAAGUCAAAGAGAGGCGGUCACGAGGAUGUCCUUUUUCAACUCCAUCACGCAAAGUGUGUGCUCAGUGGACAUACGUCUCUUCCUGUGCAGGGUGUAUGCCCCUGAAUGUGUGGCUGGACAGGUGCGGCGGCCCUGUAGGUCAUUCUGUGAGAAUGCCAAACGGGCCUGUGAGGGUUUGAUGAACAGUUUUGGCGUUUCCUGGCCACAUGAGCUGCAGUGUAGCUCAUUCUCAGAGGACUCGUGUGUGUCUGAAGACCAUAGGCCUGAGAAUAUGAAUGCUGAAGAUGUCCUCACUAAACUGAAUGCUGCCGGCUUUUCUGUUCGUGGCAAAUCCUUAACUCUCAAGACCGCCCAGCUUCUGUUGACUCUUGUGGAUACAGAUAAGACCAGAGACUUGACUGCAGUGGAGUUCUUCAAACUGGGGCACUAUGUGGCUGCUAUCAGGAGAGAGUAUGUGGAGAGCUAUGAGAGCAGGAACCCACCUGCUGUCACUGAGACCCAAAUGAAAAAGAGUCUGUCUGCUCAUGAAUUUCGUUUAGAUGAUGAAACCUUCAAAGUUCUGUGGCAGGAAUAUGGCUCCCAAAAUGGGAUCAACUACGACCAGUAUGUGGCUGUCCUGACAAAACUUCGGAUCCUCCGAGAUCGUUUCCAGGCUCAUCUGCUGAAGGUGCCAUGUGACUGCCAAAUGGCCACCUUCUCUCUGAAGCAGAAAAGGAGCACGUCUAAACUGGGUGCAGAGGUUUGACUGGAGCACAGGACUGGGUAGCGGUCCAAUCAGAAUGAGUGACAUGCAGGUACCCAUUUUGCACGUAUAUAUAAUAUACACAUACAUAACCUGUCAAAAACAGUUCAUCCCCCAAAGAAGAGAGGUGUAAAACCACCACUGACUUCACACAAGUGUAAAAUUGCAAGUAAAAACAGCACCUUCCCACUUACUCAAAAUUGUAGUUUUUGUACUAAGUCGUAAUUGUUUUUCAUCCUUUCCACUUUGUAUUUCUGGAUUCACUGACAACAUUUAACAUUGAUUGUAAUAAUAUGGAAACCUGCUUUGAGUUAUAUCAAUAUAUUCCAGAUCCCCACAGACUGACUACGUGACCUGUGAUCAAAGGAUCAAGUCCAUUUGCUUUACAGUUUUCAGCUCUUUGUUCGUUAGCUUAAAUCACCCCGAGUAAAACUUACUUACCAUCAAGUGGAACUAUGGUUGCUAUAUAAGUUUACAACAGCUGUUAACCUGACAUGAACUACUGUGUAUGUUCUCCAAACAAUCCUAACUACCAAUCAGUUAAUCAAAAACCUAAAUAAGAUGUUCAAGGUUUUGUGACCCACACCUAAAACACACCAUAUAAAGCACCAUAGACUUGUUUUUAAACUGUAAUUUUUAGUUUGUGUUUUAAUCAUUACUUAAUGUUUUAUGAGAUUUAAAAAGAAAAUGAAAAAAAACACUCAUUGUCAAUAUAGAGGUUGUUUAUUAAUUUUCAUAGAAGUUCAUAUACACUCCAAUGGUGCUCAUAUGUCAUUGUCAAUAUAGUGGUUGUUUAUAUUCCUAUAGUGGUUAACACUACCAGCUAACAUGGUUACUUGCGUGAUAAAGGGCUACAGAUGUAAGAAUGAUAAUAGCAUGCUCCAGUUUUCAGGCACUCGAGUGUUUGACAUUGGUACAGCUUGAGGUUACUAUAUU